AUGUCAUUAUUUGUGGAGGAAGAAGAUAAACAACCAGAAAGUAAUAACUCAAUCCCAGUAACAUUUGUUGAUCAAGACGUAAUACCCGUUUUUCCAGAACGAGAAAUCAAUUGUGCAUUACCAUUGAAAUAUCAACAAGAUAUUGUGAGAAACACGCUUACAAAGGAUGGAUUAUUAGUUUUGGGACAUGGUUUAGGAUGGGAGAUCAUCACUUCUAAUUUAAUUCACGCAUUAAGUACACCAUUUGUUAACCUCGGAACCAAUAUUAAGAAAAAAUCUUUGAUAAUUCUUCUAAAUGCAAAUGAUAAUGAACUUUCAAGACUACAAGAAGAAUUAAUUGAUCUUUCAGGUGGAGAUGAUGAUGAUAAACUAAUAAGGAUAGGUGGUGAAACACAAUCCCAUAAAAGACUGAAAAUAUAUAAAGAAGGUGGAAUAAUAUCAAUUUCUCCAAUGUUGUUAAUAAAUGAUAUAUUAUCAUUCAUGAUUUCACCUAAUGAUAUUACAGGGUUGAUUAUUUUCCACGCGGAACGUAUUAAAGAGUUUGGCAACGACGCGUUUUUGAUUAGAUUAUACAGAGAUAGAAACAAUUGGGGCUUUAUUAAAGCAUUUUCAGAUAAGCCAGAGAGCUUUGUUGGAUUUACUCCGUUGGCAACUAAAUUGAAGAUACUCAAUUUAUCGCAUGUAUUCCUUUGGCCAAGAUUCCAUAUGACAAUUUCAGAAUCCUUCAACAUUAGAAACAAGAAAGAUACUGUUGGAAAACUUGUAACUGAGGUUAAAGUUGGAUUAACACCCAAUAUGAAGAAACUACAGUCGCUUAUAACGUCAGUUAUUGAAGGAUGUGUGCGAGAACUUAAGCGACAUAACAGCGAUCUUGAUCUUGAAUACUGUCACGUUGAUAACAUAUAUGAUGAUGGCUUUGCCGACAACAUAAAAGCUAGUUUACAAAGUAACUGGCAUAGACUUACUCCAAUCAGCAAGAAUUUGAUCUUCAGUAUUGGUUUCCUUUCAGAUCUUUUGGGAGCGUUGUUGAUCACAGACUCAAUAGGGUUCUACCAUAUUCUUAAUGAAAGGAUUGAAGCCGAUUUGAUAUUGCAACGAACUCAAAAUCGAAGCAAAGAGCCUUGGUUGAUGUCUGAUGAGGCUGGUGCAAUAAAGUCAAUUGCGGCAGCGAGAGUGUUUGGAACAGAACGUGGGACAUAUGCAUUGGAAGAAUUGCCAAAAUGGAAUGAAUUAGGCAAACUUGUUCAUGAUAUACUGAUUGAGAAGGAGAAAGCUCAAGAAAAGAAUUGUGGUCCGAUUUUAAUUGUGUGCAAGAACAAAAUUGUUGCUUCUGAAAUUGUGUCGGUGUUGAAUACAAUGCAAGAAAGAAAGGUUGCUGAUAGACAUGGGUUCUCCUGCCGCAAAUACAUGAUUGAAAAGCUUAGGACAUAUUGUGAAUGGCAAAAUAAUAUUAGCCCUCGAAUUAAACAAAUUAGUGAGGAACUAGCUGGUAAACAAAGUGAUACUGGUGGUGAUGUGGGAUCUAGUGUAUCGCCAACAUUUUCAAGAAAUGGGGAGCCAAGAAGCAAAAGAAGACGAACUAGAGGUGGAUCUGCGACAGCAGCAGCAGUAGUACAAUCACAUCAACAACAGAUUAAAGAUUCUACAAAAGUUGACAUUCAAGUUGUAGAUGAACUUGAGGCAGAAUACGACCAAGAGGUUGCAGAAACUAGUAUCCAUAAUGAUGAUGGUGAUGAUGAUGAUGAUGAUGAGAUUUUGGAAUUUACAGAGAUUGACGACGAUUCAGGAAUUCAAAAUGGUUUUGAUUUUGCUCAUAUAAAGAAGGAAGAUCAAGUUAUUGUUGAAGUUUUUGAUGAAUUUUGGAAUACUGCUACUAUUCAAGAGUUGCAUCCCUCACAUAUUAUUAUGUAUGAACAUGAUUUGACAUUUUUGAGAAGAGUUGAAAUGUAUCAAGCUAUUAAUCGUGAACAUCCAGCAGAAGUUUAUUUGAUGUACUACCGAGAUUCCGUUGAAGAACAAAAACAUUUACUUAGAAUCAAAAAGGAAAAAGAUGCAUUCAGUAAACUUAUUAAAGAGAAGGCAGCACUUCCUAAACGAUUUGAUACUGAAGCGGACAAUGCCAAAUUUAAGAUUCGUAAACCAGAUGUUGUUAAUACUAGAAUCGCAGGAGGAGCUAAAUUUAGAACCGAAGCAGAUGAAAUGCAAGUGAUUGUUGAUAGUAGAGAAUUUAAAUCCUCGACACCAUUCCUGAUAUAUCUUACUGGUAUGACAGUUAUUCCUAGCAUGAUUACUGUUGGUGAUUAUAUUUUAUCUCCAACAACAUGUGUUGAAAGAAAAUCCAUUCUGGAUUUGAUUGAAAGUUUUAAAAACGGGAGAUUAUUUUCACAAUGUAAACAAAUGUUUAGACAUUACAGGAAUCCUAUUUUGUUGAUUGAGUUCAGCAACAAUGAAUCCUUUUCAUUGCAAUCAUUUAGUACCUAUAGAUUUACAAGAGGUGUGAAAGAAGAAGUUGACAAUGAUAAUGCUGUUUCCGAUAAGAAACAAGUUCCUGUUCAAGAGAAUAUAAUGAAAUUAUUAUAUCAAUUCCCGAAACUACAAAUAAUAUGGUCAUCUUCACCACAAGAGACAGCCCAAAUAUUUUUAGAAUUAAAGUCAAAUCAAGAAGAACCAAAUGUAGCUGAAGCACUUGAUAAAGGUGUUAACAAGGCAAUUACCACUGGUGAUGGAUCACCAGCAAUGUAUUAUGAUGCUGCAAUCGACUUUAUUAUGAACAUACCUGGUAUUACUGUUCAUAAUUAUGAAAAAGUGAUUCAACAAGUGAAAAACAUUGAAGAAUUAGUAUGUCUUCCAUUAGAGAGAUUUCAGGAUUUACUUGGUAAAGAAAAUGGUAGAAAUGCAUUUAAGUUUAUCAAUCAUGAAUUUGGAGUUUAA